GAAGAAGUAGAACAAAAAAUACGAAGAGGUCAGGGGUUAUUAUUAGACCGUGUGUUGGGCAGAUAAAUAAACGAGUGAGGUGACAGACUGGUUUGAUCGUGUUUUGGUUUCUCUGUCGGCACUAGGACAUCUUGCUGGUAGAUUUACAAGUAACGUUUACAAGUUAACACACGGCCACAAUGAAUGUCCCAGGACAAGGUGCACCAGGUAACAAGCAGUUACUGGAGAAAUACCUGACUCUAGCUCAGCCAGAUGACCAGAUCAUGGCAGAGUAUGUUUGGAUUGAUGGAACAGGGGAAGGCAUAAGGAGUAAGUGCAGGACACUGGACUUUGAACCCAAGAAACCAGAAGAUUGUCCUAUCUGGAACUUUGAUGGUUCUAGCACUUAUCAGGCAGAGGGCUCCAACUCAGACAUGUACCUGUACCCAUGUGCCCUGUUCAAGGAUCCCUUCCGAGGAGGGAAAAACAUGCUAGUUUUAUGUGAGGUUUACAAAUACAACAAGAAGCCUGCAGAGACUAACAGAAGGAAAACUUGUAAUGAGGUCAUGAAGCAGGCAGCUGCUUCAGUUCCUUGGUUUGGCAUUGAACAAGAGUACACCUUGUUGGACUAUGAUGGUCAUCCUUUUGGUUGGCCAAAGAAUGGUUUCCCAGGACCCCAAGGACCUUACUACUGUGGUGUGGGCUCAAACAAGGUGUAUGGCAGAGAUAUUGUUGAAGCUCACUACAGGGCCUGUUUGUACGCAGGGGUCAAGAUCAGCGGAUGUAACGCAGAGGUCAUGCCAGCACAGUGGGAGUUUCAAGUAGGUCCAUGUGAGGGCAUUGACAUGGGAGACCACCUGUGGAUCGCCAGGUACAUUCUUCACAGAGUUGCUGAAGACUUUGGCGUGAUUGUCACCCUUGAUCCCAAACCCAUGGAGGGAGACUGGAAUGGAGCAGGAGCUCACUGCAACUACAGCACUAAACAAAUGAGAGAACCAGGCGGCAUUAAAGCUAUAGAGGAUGCCAUUGAGAAGUUGUCUAAGCACCAUGUACGACACAUCAAGGCCUAUGACCCACGUGAGGGUAAAGACAAUGAGCGCCGUCUGACUGGUCGCCAUGAAACAUCCAGCAUUCACGAUUUCUCUGCCGGUGUUGCAAACCGUGGAGCAAGUAUCAGAAUACCUCGCCAGGUGGCUGAAGACCAAAACGGCUAUCUAGAAGACCGCAGACCAGCAUCCAACUGCGACCCCUACUCCGUCACUGAAGUGCUAGUGAGAACUACAAUACUAUCGGAAUAAGCCUACCAGAUAGGCAAGGUGCCGGGAAGGGGAGGAUCUACAAUACAGGCCCAUUUGGAUUUUUUUCCAUAUUAUCAUUGAUACUCAAUGUAAAGACGAUUUUAGUUUUUAAUAAAACAUAAAAAUGAACAAAUAAAUGUUAAUAAUGAACGAUUUCAAAAAUAACUAUUACAGAUAUAAUUUUGAACAAAUUUAAGAGAAUUUAUUUCUCUGCUUUUCAAUUUAUUAUUUUAAAAAAUAUUUUUAAAGGCUCAAAAAAAAACUUAAACUUGGGUACACGAAAAAACCUAUACAUUCUUAUCUCCACUCUUAUGUCAUUCUUUGUCUUAGAGUUACUUGAAUAGAAAGUGAGUGAUAGGGAAAUUGUUGAAUGUCUGAUACUGUGCAUGAUACUCAUUGUUGUCAUAGUAUUUUCAAGCUGUUUUAUUACUGCAUAUUGCUCCACAAAAAAACAAAUUGUAUUUCCAGUGUGUUCAUCUCAAGGGGAUUUCCCAGAACUUUUUUUUUUUGGUUUCUCAAUAAAUGUUCAAACCAUGUAAUAAUUUGUUUUGUGUGUUCUUGUUGGAUAGCAUUAUUGUUAUACAAGUCUGAUGUUUCAUGAUGUGUCAAUGUAUAGGAUUGUAACAUGCGGUUUUACAGAUAUUUUUUUGAUUGAUGAAUAAACUUACUAAACACUGAGA